CCACAAAUGAGAAUCAGUUCUCAAAAUUUAAGUCAUCAUCAAAGUCUCCCACUCUCCCCUGUCUCUCAAAUCUCCAAUCCUGAUUCUGGUUUCUUGUGCUACAGCACCUGGAGAAGCAUAUCAUUCUUCCAUUCUAGUUCAUGCGGAUUUGAGAUUGAUUUGAGCAAGUAAUGGCAGCGGUCAUCAUUUUUAUUCAGGGCAGCCAAUUGAGAAAGUAAAAAGUAAGAACAAACUUGAAAGAGUAUCUGGGUAAAGAAGAAUAGAGAGGGGGGAAACAAUGGAGUUGGAAGCAGUGAAGAAGUUGUUGGAGAGAACAUCAUCAGAAGGGGAGGAAAUGUAUGACUUACCAGGCUCAUUAUUCGACCCUCUAAUCAUUCAAGGAAUCAAAGUUGAUCUUAUUGAACCAGGUCGAAUUAUUUGCUCCAUGAAAGUCCCUCCCCGUCUCCUUAACUCUGGUAAUUUCCUUCACGGUGGAGCAACUGCAUCUCUCGUUGAUAUAAUUGGGUCUGCUGCAAUUUUCACAUCUGGUGCUAAAACAAGUGGUGUUUCUGUUGAAAUCAACAUCUCUUACUUGGAUUCUGCUUAUCUUGAUGAAGAAAUUGAGAUUGAAUCGAAGGUUUUACGGGUUGGAAAAGCAGUUGGAGUUGUCACAGUGGAGAUAAGGAAGAAAAAAACUGGGAAGAUUGUUGCUCAGGGGCGCCAUACCAAAUAUCUUGCUGUCUCUAGUAAACUCUGAAACAACCCCUUUUUAAUUCUUGUUCAAAAUUUUUUAAUUCCUGUUCAGAAAAUUUGAUUUAUAUUCACUAGCAUAAUUAUAGUUCCUUCAUAUUCUGAUUGUUUGAAUUUUAAAUUGUGUGAUCACGAAUAUUUUUGUAAUUAUACACGAUAUACGAAUGCUAGUUAGUAUCUAAAUAAGGUUAGCAAUGUUCGUUUGUCAAUCAUGAAAAAUGAUAUUUUGAUUGAGCAAGUUGUAGAUCGA